AUGUCUGCCGCAGGGAAGACGCCAGAUGCCGACCAUAGCAAACAGCCAAAAAGAAGUCUCCUCGACCUCCCACUGGAGAUCUGGAGCAAAAUCGGCAAACUGGUGAUCAACGACCUCGAACCCCUCGAUACCCGCCAGCUCGUGAAACGAUGGAUGGCCACCACUCGUGAUGGCAUUGCAGCCGAUCUCGUCCUCGCGCGGCAACCUCCCACCACAUGCACCUGUCGCGCCUUGCGAGCAGAGCUCCUCCCCUUCUACUACAGAACCAAAUGCCGCAUCUCUGUCCGGGCAAACUCCGACAUGCCAGCAUACGCCGACAGGCCAGCAUGGAAUAGGCUAGGUAGAAAGCUUCAGCGCGGUGUGAUUCUGCACGCCGCUGGCGCGUGGCUUGGUGCGAUCGGCUCUGUCAAUAGGGGCCAUGUUCGUGGUAUUACCUACGAGAAUUGGAAGCUCGAUGAGGGUCAGAGUACUGGGGCGGUGGAGGGAAGGAAGUUGGCAGAGGUGCCGCUGAGGUUGGAGAUGGUGGAGAGUGCGGGUGGUGCUGGGUCGAAGGGGUAUGGGCCUGAGAUGCGGCGGAGGGUUGUGUUGCUCGAAUAG